AUGCACUUAAAGAUCCCGGACGAGCCCCCACUUUUCAAUACAGCAGUAGAAUCAACAGCAGCAUCAGAAGAACCACCAUCAGUGACAGCAGAAGUAGCUCCUCCAGCAACACCACCAUCUCCUUCACCAGCAGCAGCAGAAGAAACACCAUCAGCAACGGCAGAAGCAGCUCCUCCAGCAGUAGAACCAGUUACUAUAGCAGCAGCACUAUCUCCCACACCAGCAGUAGCAGAACCAACUGCUUUACCAGUAAUAGCAGGAACAACUCCUCCACCAGCAGCAACUAGACCAACUCCUCCACCAGCAGCAACUAGACCAAAUUCUCCACCAGCAGAAACAGAACCAGCUCCUCCUCCAUCAACUUCAGGGUUAGCAGAAAAGAAUAGACCAGUCACAAUUGCACACUCAAGCACCACCAAACAAUUGUCCUGGUUCCUGGACAUGUUGAACUUCUUCCACCGCAACCUGCCACCCUCAACUGAGCUACAAGAGCCAUUAACUGCAGUCCUCUCUGGCCCAAUGAGUAAAGGCAACUCAGUCAUAACAGGGGCUGAUGGUAUGAGCUUGGCAUUUGAAGCAGCCAAGAAGAGCAUCACAGAUGCUGCACUGUUCAUGUACACCAACCCAAAUGCAUCCUUGCCACUGGUAGUUGAUGUUAGUCAAUUGGUUACUGGCAUGGUGUUACAGCAACAGUGUGGUGAUGUGUGA